UAGAAACUUCUAUAAAUGGCUAAUGUUUUUGGACUGCCAUUUCUGCCAUGUUCAGGUGUCAACUUAUAUUUUGCCCAUGUAGUUAGACAUAUAAAUAUAUAAGAUCCCGAAUAUGCGCCUCUAAACAAACUAUACACUUUUUCUCUGGUUAAAGUUUUGUCAAUUUACCAGCUGCUUACUGGAGUCUUGCUGCUCAAUUGGUCCAAGAACUGGUUCAUAUUUUGAUAUUUUGUCUUAAACUAUGUUAAAAUAUGUAUUUGAAAUGUACUGUCUUGUGCAACAAGGCAUAUUUAUUAUGAUUUUGUCAUUUGUAAUACUGAUGUAGCUACUAAUGUCCCUCCUAAUAUUGCUCCUCUGUUUCCCCUUUAGUUUUCUGAGUCAGACGGUCCACCUGCUGGAUGAGGAUGACAGUCUGUACUGCAUCUCAGCCUGGAACGACCAGGGCUAUGAACACACAGCAGAAGACCCCGCCCUGCUCUACAGGGUGGAGAGCAUGCCCGGCCUGGGCUGGGUGCUAAAGAAGAGCCUCUACAAGGACGAGCUGGAGCCCAAGUGGCCGACCCCUGAGAAGCUGUGGGAUUGGGACAUGUGGAUGCGAAUGCCUGAGCAGAGGAAAGGCAGAGAGUGCGUCAUCCCCGAUGUGUCCCGCUCCUACCAUUUUGGAAUCAUCGGCCUCAACAUGAACGGAUAUUUCCACGAGGUGUAUUUCAAGAAACACAAGUUCAACACUGUUCCCAACGUGCAACUGAAGAAUGUUUACAGCUUAAAGAAGGAUGCGUAUGAAGUGGAGAUCCUGAACCUGCUGAAGUGA